CUAGUCUCUACCAUCUAUAUCCAAGCCAUUCUUUAUCAUAGAAAAUUUUCCCUCCAUCUCAAAUGCUCUCAGUACUCUCUUCCCAACCUUCUUCACCGGAGCAGUUCACCGGAGCAUCAUCUCUCAUUCUCUCCGUCGAACUACAAUCACCCUUUUAUCCCUUAAUCAGAAACUAGAAUUUCUUCAUUCAAUGGCUUCUUUGCCAUCUCCAUCUGCAGCGAUUCUUCGACAACUGAGGACACCCCAACACCAUUCUCGCUUAUUCCUCUCAAGCCAGGCUCAUAUCUGUUCAUUCUUCACCAGCCGCCCCAAGAAGAAGACUCCAAGGUUAAGGUGCAAUUCAAUUUCAGAAACCCUGUCGGAUAAUUUGUUAGAUACAGCUCUUCAUUCAGAGCAAUCGUUGUCUAUUUUAUCUUCUUUUCGAUCUGUUUAUGCGCAAUUCUGGGAAUUUCCAGAGAUGGAGAGGUGGGUGAUUGUUAUUUUUGGUGGGUUAGCUUGGAUAUACUUGACUGCUAGGCCUGGUGUUCUGAUUGGCGCCAUUGAUGCUUAUCUUCUUGCUCCUCUGCAAAUGGGUAUUGAUAGUUUGACGGGGAAGAGGAACUUGAAGAGAACUGAUUUUUUAGUUGGAAGUAGAUUGGGAGAAGGGUCUUUUGGAGUUGUGUAUUCUGGUGUAAUUGUUCCUAAGAAUGUCAAUUUGGAUGAGACAGUGAUGAGAAAAGGGUCAAAGAAUGUGAUUGAGAUGGAUAGUAGAUUAAAGCAAAAAGUCAUCCUCAAACAAGUGAAGCUUGGAGUUAAAGGUGCUAAAGAAUGCGGCGAAUUUGAAGAAUGGUUCAACUACAGAUUGUCGAGAGCAGCACCCGAAACAUGCGCCGAGUUCCUUGGAAGUUUUGUGGCCGACAAAACCAACACCCAAUUCACCAAGGGCGGAAAAUGGCUCGUUUGGAAAUUUGAGGGAGAUAGAGACCUUGGUGAGUACUUGACAGAUCGUGGGUUCCCAUUAAACUUGGAGUCAGCAAUGUUUGGUCGUGUUCUCCAAGGAGUCGAUUCUGUUCAACGAAACGCGUUGAUUAUAAAACAAAUUAUGCGUCAAGUUGUUACUUCAUUGAAGAAGAUUCAUGAAAAUGGAAUAGUUCAUAGAGAUAUAAAACCAGCAAAUUUGGUUGUUACUAGAAAAGGACAAAUCAAACUGAUAGACUUCGGAGCUGCUACUGAUCUUCGGAUUGGGAAGAACUAUGUACCUAACCGUGGCUUGUUAGACCCUGAUUAUUGUCCCCCCGAACUUUAUGUACUUCCCGAGGAAACACCAAUUCCACCACCCGAGCCAAUUGCUGCACUUCUUUCGCCCGUUCUAUGGCAGCUAAACAGCCCAGAUUUAUUUGACAUGUAUUCAGCUGGGAUUGUGCUCUUACAAAUGGCAGUACCAUCACUAAGAUCAACUGCAGGCCUGAAGAAUUUCAACACAGAACUGAAGUCAGCCGGAUACAACCUAAACCAAUGGAGAGAAAGAACACGGUCAAGGCCCGAUCUUAGUAUUCUGGACCUUGAUUCGGGUAGAGGGUGGGAUUUAGCUACGAAACUAGUCUCCGAAAGAGGCAGUUUCUUACAAAAGGGACGAUUAUCUGCUGCAGCAACUCUAAGGCAUCCAUAUUUCUUGUUGGGUGGAGAUCAAGCUGCUGCAGUUCUCUCCAAGCUUACUUUAACCAAGUAAUAAGUUCUUCUUCUCCGGUUAACAUAUGCGGAAAUUUGAUCUUGUUAAUGGUUAGCAAAUAAGAGAAAUAUGUAUGGUAUACUACACCCAAUUCAUAAGGAAUACUAGUCUAUUGAACUGUUAUUCUUUA